AUGUGUAAACACAUAGCUAAUAGAAAUACUGGUAAAGCCGCCGCCACCGACGGUGGUGGUGGAAGAGAAAGAGACCGAUUUGGUGGUGGAAAAGACACGUCUGUCUCUCGUGGAAAAGGAAAGGGUGUUGCCGCCGCUCUAUCUGACGGCUCUGGUGGUUCACAAACCGUCAGUGGUCGUGGAGGAGGAACCGCCGGAAAUGGUGGAAGAGGAACAACCGGUACUCGUGGAAGAGGAGCCGUCGGUUCUCGUGGAAGCUCAACAGCCGCCGGUUCUUGUGGAAAAGAAACUGCCGGAGUUCCAAGCUCCACUGAUGCAGGCAGUGUUGGCUCCAAAUGCCGAGCCGCUUUACCCGUCAACAGUGAUGGUGGGUCCAAACGCACUGCCAUCCUUUGUGAAGGCGGUGGUGGCACUGGAGCCGACGCCAAUGCUUCUACAUCUAACGGCGGUGUAGAUGGUGGCACUGGUGUAUCUGUCGGCGAAGGGACCAGUGGUGGUAGUCCCUCUCAACGAACAUCCUCUGCCUCACUGUCUUGGACAAGCCUUCCAGCUCAGUAUACUCCUCGGACCUUGUUAUUUCAGAUGACCACUCACUCUCCUCCUCUGCAAGACACUCAUGAGGAGAGGAUGUACCAUUGGGAAGUUGGACUCACUCCAACUGUUAUGAAGCAUUUCUUGGCCAUUGCAAAGAAGAGAUUGAGAGGCAUUGUUAGUCAGGCUAGGCACGGCCCUAAAAGACCAUAUUGGAUUGGACCAAAGCUUUGGAAAAGGAUGAACCAGUUUUGGAAGACUCCUGAGGCCCAGGAGAAGAGUGUUAUGCUUCACAGUACCGCAACUCGGAUCGUGGAGGGCUAG